GAAGGGUUUUCGCGGAGUACUAGUUUCUUAAUCUUAAGCUGUGGUGAAUUUAAUUUAUUGUUUCAUCUGAGUUAAAUUGUAUGAUGGAAGCUACUGACGGAGUCGGAUUGGAGCUUUCCAACGGGAAUUUAGAGAAAGCUCGGAUUGCUAAUAUGCUUGGAUCCGGUGGAAAAAAUGGUGAAAAAAUCACCACAAAUGACAACGAUGAGUUAGAAAAGAAUGAAUCUGACGCUAAACAAGCAGAUGAAACUUUAGAAUUCGCAUUUCUUGCUAGAAGCUCUAAUGGUUCUGAAUUGCUGAUUGAAGACUCGUCUGCUGUUUCUGAAAAUAAAGUUUCAGUUCUUUCAAUGAAAGCUGCAACUGAUCAAGUUAAUAAGUUAGAGAACAAGAAGACCCGAAAGCUUAACAAGGAUGGAGCAUGUAGAAAUGAUGCAGCAGUUAAUGACAAGAACCCAAAGGCCCGCCUUACACAGAGCCUUUCUUUCCCAACUAAAAGCUAUCCUGCAUGCGGCCUAAAGAAGAUUACAACAGCUGUAAAGCAGACAAAUGUAGACGUGAAUGGUCUCAGUGCAAAUAAUGCAGAGUUUGCUUCUAGUGAUGGGUUUACUGCUAGUAAAUUGAGGUUCAGGGCUACAGAAACUCGACAAAAAUCAUUGCCUAUUAACGCUGUUUCAGUGAAUGAAUAUACUUCUUCUGCAGCCACUCACCACACUUCUAAUACAGCAGUCCAGCGAAGGAGUGCUUCUGGUUUUUCUUUCAGGUUGGAUGAGCGUGCAGAGAAAAGGAAGGAGUUUUUCUUGAAGCUGGAAGAGAAGAUCCAGGCUAAAGAAUUGGAAAUGAACAAUAUGCAGGCAAAGUCGAUGGAGAAUCAGGAGGCUGAAAUUAGGCAGUUGAGGAAAAGUUUGACCUUUAAGGCUACACCGAUGCCAAGUUUUUAUCAAGAGCCUAUUCCUCCAAAAGUUGAAUUGAAGAAGAUCCCACCAACAAGGGCUCGAUCCCCAAAACUUGGACGUCACAAAUCCGCCAGCGCGUCGGCCAACAACUCAGAAGUUGAUGACUCCAUUCAAAGUUUGGAGACCGACCCCAACUCAGUAGUCAAGCAGAAUGGAGGUGCCCAAACUAAUGCUGCAGCUCCCAAGAGAACUUACCAGAAGCCAUAUUCAAGUCUUCCCUCUCUAAAAUCAACCUUGGCUAAACCCGAAGCAAAACUCAACGGUUCAAAGAUUAAAGCUUCAAACUUGAAGCACAGGAUUGGUAAACCAAAGGUGGAACAGGAUGAGACCAAACAGGUGGACGAGUGUCCUACAGAAUCAUUUGCUGAAGUUCCAGCUGAAGUUAAUUGUAGUCUCACUGGUUCAGAACUUCUGACGAAUAAUCCUGGUAAUGUUCCUAUUGAAGCUUGAUAAAUUUGGAUUCAUUUUUCUUAGUACUAUUUUGUGCAGAUUUGUGAAUAUAGGAGCUGAUUAAGAAUUGUAUCAUUGCUUAUAUUGUCUCAUGGAUUUUUUUAUUUUUUUUCUACUGGUAGAGAGUCACAGUCUUCCUAUUUUUCGGAACGUCUCAAGUAUCAAAGUAUUGUAUAUUAUUUGAUUUGUCUGUUAUGAAUACGGAUGUGCGGACUGCCUAUUUUGAA